GUUCUUUAAAUAAAUCAUGAAAACUUCUUCUAUAUGGUUCUUGGGCUUAGUGAUAAAAUUGGGAAAUUCAUCAAAUACACUUUAUGCGUGGCUAUACAGUCCGCCCUUCCAGCCUUCCUUUGGAAGCCUCGUCCUCGGAGGGUGCGACAGAAGAUCAUGGAACGGCCUCCCAUUUCCACGCACUCAAGGUACCCGUCAAGUUCGACACCGAUGGUAUCUCGACCCCCAACUACUCGCCACCCAGAAGACAGGAGAACAACUUCAACAUGGACGAUACGCCGCACAUCCACAUCCAUAGGGUCACCUGCAAUCAGGACUUCCCUUCCACGUGGCAACCUGCCCGACGCAUCAUCACCUUCAUGGGCUUGGUGUCGCUGAUCUGCACCCUUCUGGUGGUAGUCAUCAUCAUCAUCGCAGUGGCCCUCUCCAAGACAGCACACCCGCGGACGACGCCUCUCAGACACUCCGAAUUGGUGUACCUGGUGCCCCAACCGAGGAAGUUCAUCAAUAGAACACCUACCAUCGUGGUGCAUAGGCAGAACCCGAGGAUAUGGCAGAAGCACGUCGAGGAUCUCGCAACUCUGGUGAAGGCCUACAGGGAACGACAAGGGGCCAUCGCCACAUCGAAUUGUGACUUACACUAUGCCCCUAUAGGUGUGUCUUCCUGUUCUUUCCCUCUGGACAGAAUCAGUGACAACUGUACUUUGCAAAAUAACUUCGGUUACGACACUGGAAACCCAUGUGUUGCCCUGGUAUUCAAUGCUUUCGCUGGCUGGAAUCCAGUUCCAUACAACAAAUCCAACGCUGCUAACAUUCCACCGGAGGUUCAGCACGGUUACGACUUCCAGCAGCUUGUUCCAAUUACUUGUAACACUUCAGUGGCAUCUUCGGAAGAGUCCAAUCUCUUUCACGUCCAUUACUCGCCUUUUCCAGGCUUUCCAUUCAGGUAUUUGCCGAUGCGUGGCAUGAUGGGAUCGACUUUGCCACCGUUAGUGAUGAUCCAGUUCAUAGGACCACAAACAAUGGCGGACGUGGAAGUUAGUUGCUACUUGUGGGCGAAGAAUUUACCUCGGAAUGUCACAAAUGAUCCUGGAUCUAUACGCUUCAGUUUCUUUAUUGUAUGAAAAUGUUAAAUGUUUCAAUUUGGUGUGAUAAUAUGUUACAACGAUUCGCAGAAAUCGUUUGUAAAAAUUUUGAAUAAAAAUAAAUGAUACGCAGAAAUCGUCUGCUUAAAAAAUAAUAAAGAACUGUAGAUGUAAUCGUUUGUAAAAGAAAAUUCUGAAAGACUAAUUUGCAGAAAAGAAUUCUGAAACCAAGCAGAAUUUCGGCAGCUGAAACAGAAAAACUUAUACGUCACUGAAACUUUAAAUCGUGCGACUAAUGUUACCUGAUUUCUGUAGGCGAAUAUAAUAUUUCAAGCCAAUUUAAUCAAUUACUUUUCUUUACUUUAAGAAUAUUUUUGGCACAAGUAUUCGUUGAAACUUGUAGUGUUGCUGUAUUGCACGUAAAACAAAAGAAGAAAAUUCUAAUUCUGUUUAUAUUAUUUAGAGAAAUUAAUUAAGCACAGACAUAAUAAAACUAUUCAGCAAGCUGACAAUUAUUUGAACAAUAGAUGUUUUUAUAAAGUAAAUGUGUAUGGUUAAAGAAACACGAAAAGCUGGUUUACGUGAAUGUUUCUGUAUUUCAUCUAUUUAUUAUUUCAGAAAAGGAAAGGCUUUCGUCUUUUUGUGAAGAAACAAAAGAAAUCAUUUAAUUGGCUAAUAGAAAUUUUCCAAAAAUUUCAUGAAAAUAAAACCCAGUUUAAGUUUUUAAUUUUACCAAUACCCAGAUGACGUUUACAGAUUUAUAUGAUUUUAAAUUUUAAAAGCUUCCAAAAGAUAAUGGACCAUUUUUACUUCUUUUGCUGUUUCAUUAUUACGA